UGCAUACAAUGAAAAAAGGCAGCACACACUGUUUGUUAGUAUAUAAAAUCGAGAAACAAGUAUAAUAAUCAUGGUUUAAGGGGGCUAGAAAUAGAAAUAAGUAAGGGGAAGAGAAUACAUGAAGAUCAUUAUUAAGAACUUAAGAGUGAAUUGCCUAAGAGAUGCAUGUGUACUGUUUGCAUAUCAUCAAAUAUGCAUUAGAUAAAAUAAGCCAUUUGUAGGUCAGACAAAUGGAAAUAGUGUACAAGAAUCGUGACAGUGCUUGGAACCAAUUUCUCUUUUUUUUUUUUUGUUUGCUCAAUGUCCCAUUCAUUUGUUGCCCAUCUCACUAAUCAGUUACAAAAUGAAUUCUGAUAGAUUAUAAUUCAGUAUAUUAAGCCAUUAUACAGUAAUUUAGAAAAAAGGUAGCAUAAUUUCCUCACAUAGAAAGAAUUAUGGUAAUUGAACUACAAAUACAACAGGCUAGACGUAAUAACCAGUUAAAUAACAACAAAACUAACUGCUAACUGAAAUUGCUCACACCAUUUUUUGGCAUAAAACCAUGGUCUCCACUUAGCAAAUUUUCAGGAUAUGUACUCUUGUGUCUAAAACUGGAUGGAACAAUACAGAAACGUGGAUUUCUAAGACUCCGUAAGAGACUAUUAGACAUUUAAUUACUAUAAGAAUCCUUCUAUUAGAGCAGAUUUUAAUAUAGUUAUUUAUUCAAACAGAAAAAGAAGAAAAAGAAGGUAAAGCUUAACACAGAAUAAAAAUUAAAAUGCAUGCAAAGGAACCACAGCACUACAAGCUACUUACUAAUAUUCCAAGCAAGCUUCCUUCACUUAAAUUUACUUUUAAAUGACAUGAAUUGUCUAACCUAACAAGGUGGACAGAAUACAUGUCUAUCAUUUUACAGCAACAUAAAUAAAAUCAAUAAUGAGACUGAAUAAUUAAAUCCAUUGAGAUCCCUAAAGUGUGUUUUCACUGUGAGUCCUUAAAUGCAAAGCAAAACUGACACAACAAUACUAAAAGUGCAUAAAAUACAGCACCUCCUCCGUUCUCAUAAAGGAACUUACUGCUUCUGAAAAGCCUUAUCUGACAACCACAGAUGUAUCACACAGAGGUAAAUCCAGAAGUUUUAUGUUCUGCAGACUUAAGCAGCAUUUGACUGAUCUGUGAUCAAACUUCUUCAGGAAGGAAACUGUCCUGGCUAUCAGCCUUCUGGAUGACUUACAUUAAACUUCCUAUUUCUUGGAAACAAGCCAAGUCAGUUUCCCCUGAAUGGUUAGAAAGCUGAGAAUGCAUCAGCUAUAAACUGCUUGCACAGAAUGCAUCAUCUGACAGGACAUACAUGAUGUGUUCAUUUGGUCACUGACAGGAGGGCAGACAUGGAUAUGUCAUUAUCGUUGUUGCAUGUGGAGUUCAAGAACAGAUGGACAGCUCUGUGAAAAUUCUGGGAUCUGAAGAGCAAUUAAACUGCAGUUAAAGUUCUCACCUACAAAAUAUGAACUUCAUUUUUUUCCAUUCUGGGAAGUGGGCAGUCUCAAAGAGCGUGAUAGUAACAAGAGCUCCACGCCUUAAAAGUAUUUUAAGUAUUUCUCUGAAAUAAUUACAUGGCCAAAGGACUGUUAGAAUCAUUCUUCCACAUUUAUCUUGCAUUCUUUUAAAAUCUCUAAUGGAGGCAUAUCCUGACCUAAAUUCAAAGACUUUUUGCACAGAAAACAUCUUUUGGUUUGAACUUUAAGCUUCUAGCUGCCUUUUGACACUGUAAAAGAAGAAAAGGCACAUUCUGAAAACCUACUUAUGCCACAAAGGCAUUUUUCUUAACUGUGUUUUCCAGAUUUAAAUAUCAUCCUUUUCACUGCAUCGGUGUAAAGAUAAAAAGGACAUUGGACAAAAAUUCCCUCUCCAAAGGAAGACGCUUGCAGCUUGCAUAGCUCUCAUCAUCCAUUCAAGAAGACUUGGCAUAAAUGAGAAAUUCAACAUGCGUUCUUCACCCAUCGACAGCUACUACUGUAGCUCUCCCAGUCAUCUACUGUUUCCUAUUUAUUACUGGCAGUUUUGGAAAUAUUCUCGCUGCUUGGGUGUUUUCAAGACAAGCAUCCACAAAAAGAACACAGCAUAUUUAUCUGGUAAAUCUCAUCACUGCUAAUUUGCUCGUAUGUAGCACCAUGCCUUUUGUGGCUGGCUAUUUUGCAAAAGGGCACCAAUGGACAUAUGGCUCUGAUGUAUGCAGAGUAGCGUAUCACCUCGGAACUAUCAUUAUGCACGUCUGCACGUAUGUUACAAUCAUCAUGUUGUGUACAAUCGCUUUAAGUCAGUAUGCAACGCUGAAGAAAAACAAUGAUGCACGACACUCCCAAGCAGUCACAAAAAACUUGUACAAACGUGGACUUCAGAAGUUUCGUCAGCCAAAGUUCGCUAAAUAUUUUUGUAUCUUUAUAUGGCUCGUUGUGUUGUGCGUAACGGUAACAGCUAUCACAUACGAUGCUCGGGCAAGGAGGGGGCAAACAUUUCACACGUGUUACAACAUGAAGGUAGAAAUAGGUGAAUUUACUGCAAAGACUGCAGCUUCUUUUGCUACUGCUUGUUUUUUUCUAUUUUUUCUAACUGUUUUGUUAUCAUACUAUUCCCUCACCAGACACCUGAGUAAAAUACAAAAAAACACCCACAUUGGACAAAACCAUAUGAUUUACAGAACAGUGAAAAGAAACAUUCUUGUCAUCCAGAUAAUUUUAACUGCCUGCUUUCUUCCGUACCAUAUUUUCAGGCCCAUAUUUUAUGUAUUGCUUCCAGAAGAAGACUGUUCAAAGCUAAACUAUCUAGUAGAAAUUAAAAACUUCCUUACUUGUCUGUGUGUUUCUAGGAGUAGCAUAGAUCCAGUUACAACCCUUCUGCUAGAUAAAACAUUUAAGAAAAGUCUGUACAGUCUGUUUAAAAAAAUCCACACCUGAAUAACACCAACGCAGAGCUGAUAUUUUCAUUGAAGACACCUCACCAGUACGAAGUACGAUGGAAAGAUGUUAAGAGAAUAUUACUAACAGCCAGCUCAUUUUGACUUGCUACAAUGAGACUUCUAUAUCAAAUGGGAAAUAUUUAAAUAAAAUGGUAACAUUACUUGUAUUUUUUUUAAACAGUCUUGCUUUAAAAAUCAACAGCAGUCACAAUAAAUGAAUUCAUGUAAUUCACACAGAGAACUGCGCAUUGCCACUUUACCCACGUAAAGAAAAAUACAUUUAUGUUUGCUGGAUGGACAGUGUUUUCUUUCUAACUGAUCUGGGAAGAAACUAGUGUGAAAUAGAGGACAUAGUUCUCAUCUGUUACCAUUAUUCCCAGGUUUUCUGGGCUUUCUUUACCAAAAAAAAAAAAAAAAAAAAAAAAAAAAAAGGAAAAGCAUAGAUUUUUUUUUCUCUAAAAUAGAUUAAUCAUUUGUCAAAGGCUUAAGGAAGAAGGCACAGAGAACUACAAAAUACACUCAAGAUUAACCCUUUUUUUUCCCCUCAGAAGCUCAGCUCUGAGUCUGUCUAAGCACUGGGUAGCUGGUGGUGAGCAACUGCACUGUGCAUCACUUCUUGUAUUAUUAUUCUUCUUCUCCCUUAUUAAACUGUCCAUAUCUCUACCCAUCAUUUCUUGCACUUUCACCUUUUUGAAUUCUCUCUCCCAUCCCACUGCGAGCAAAGAGCUGUGUAACCUGGCAGACAGCCCAGCACUGAAGUCCAACAUGUAAUCGCCCUAAAGUGUUACAUGAUUAGACCACAUCAAAUUUGAAUUAACACAUGUUACUCCAGAAGGUACCUUCUUCACAUUAGUGUUUAAACCCAGACCACUUGCAGAAGAGUGAGUAAAACACGAGUCAUACAAAAUUGUGGGAUAUCCGAAUGCACAUGAAGUGAGGGAAAAAAGGAUGAAAUGCAUACAUGCACUUAUUUUUAACCUCUGGUACUAUUUAACAUAAAUAUAAAAAAAAAAAAUCACAGAAUUUCCACAUUCCGAAUUUAACUCUGCGAGGCAAAUUUUAUAGUUUACUUAGGUAGGCAUAAAUGGUUAUUAUUUACUGGUAUACAACUUAUACUCAAAAUAAACAUUUAAGAACCAUGAACAGAAUGAAAGGAGUACAAAACAGGAGUGGUUUUGAAUUCAUUCUUGUAGCGUGGUCUUUUCCCUAUUCUUCCAAAUGAGAUCAAGGGAAGCUGUCCAAUGAAUGCAGAAAGUGUUACAGAAUAUCAGCUAUUUUUUCAGACUUUUUUUUUUUUAACAAGCCCAAUCAUUUGCUGCAAACUACACAAUAAAGUGUAGCAAGCAAUUCUGUCUUUCCGACCCUACUACUGAGCUCCAUUACAGAAACACUACAUUGACCCAAAACUGGCAUAUGGUGUUAGAUACAAAAUAUUAGGCCUCCUGUAAAAGGCACCCCAAGACUUCACAUCAUUUGACACCUGCUUUGUAUUCUGCAGAAGUUCAAUAAAGAGGUAAGUGAAAAAGACAGAAAAAUCACAGGAACAUAGUAUUUUAUUAAAUACAAUGCUACUUGUGAAAAUAGAAACCAUCAUUUGCUUAUUCUACAGAAUUCUCUUGUGAUGCUUAACAAAUGAUCUACAGAAAAACCUUAAGUGGGCAGCUUCAGAGUCUAACACUGCAGAAUGCUAAAGGAAAGAGCUCUUGAGCAUGAAGGCUGGUUUGUGUGGGUGUGCAUCAUACUGUGCAAAAACCAAGGACAAGACACCUAAACCAUGACUAAACCAAAGCAGUUCAAAUUUGCUCAGACUACUGUGUUUAGAUCAGUAGCAGUAGACAUUUGCAUGACAAGUUUACCGUCAGGGUGCUUUUGUUUUUGCACAGGCUCAAAAUAAGAACCCUAACUUCUGUCCUUCCUUACACUUAGGGAACCUCAGCCCAGCAAGGUGUCUAAGGAUGUAAACUUCAACACUGAAUUUUUGGUGACAGUAUAGGCUUAAGUAAUUAUUAUUCUGCUUUUCUAGACCAAUUGGUUCCCUAGUGCUGCAGUUACCAAAAAGGGAAGAAAAUGGAUGAAAUUUUGGGAACUACUGAUUAAAUAUGUUUGUGGUAAAAUCCCAUUUCACCAAUUCUUCUUAGUACCCCCAAAAUAAUACAUACUUUUAGUAUUUUCCUAUAGAACCUGUUUAAAGUGACAUCUCCUUUACAUUUCUGAACUGCAUUAGUUGGCUUAUUCCAUAUUAAAGAGUAGAAAAACCUUUGUGCAGUAUGGGCAAUUUGAGAAUCUGCAACUAAAGUAAUAUGUUGGUUCAACAGUUCACAGAGGAAAAACCUCUCAAAACAGAGAGGUGUGUGGAAAAGAUACAGAAACGAGCACUUCAGGAAAACGCAGCUCAUGUGCUAAACUUCUUGUGCUUUUUAGUCAUCCUGGUGUUAACUUGGAAGUUUUCAGGUGAAUUGUGAAUUAUAUAAUCAAAAAUUAAAUACUUGGUUUCUAUAGCAGGAACAUCAAAUACUAGGGCAAACAUGCACAACAAAGGGUUUAAAAGACCCUUUGUUAACCCCUUCAAAAUGUGCUGCAAUGGCCAGCUCAGAAGAUGCAGGUUUUCUGAAUGGCUGAGCGAGUGACUGGAACAUAUGAACUUCCAGAUCAAAAGGUAUCCAACUAUGUAGCCGUUGAGCUCUGUGGCAUGUCAAGCAGUCUAAAUUCUCAGC